AUGGCCUCUCCUCAGGUUCACCACCUUUUUCAUGCUCCCAUUGCAGACCACUCCUUCUCGUCCGACCGCCAAACCCUUGCCGUCGCCCGCGAAAACAAUGUGGAGCUGUACCAGACAUCAGGCAACAAGUUUGAAUUGAGCGAUGAACUGAAAGGCCAUGAGAAGACUGUCACCAGUGUGGACAUUGCUCCCAAUAGUGGUCGUAUUGUGACUUGCUCUCAAGAUCGCAAUGCCUAUGUUUGGGAGAAGACUCCUUCUGGCUGGAAGCCUACUUUGGUCCUCCUUCGGAUCAACCGAGCUGCAACAUUCGUCAGGUGGUCUCCCUCCGAACAAAAAUUUGCCGUCGGUUCCGGAGCCCGUGUCAUCGCUGUUUGCUACUUCGAGGAGGAGAACGACUGGUGGAUUUCGAAGCACCUAAAGAAGCCCAUUCGCAGUACUAUUACCACCCUGGCCUGGCACCCAAACUCGGUUUUGCUCGCUGCUGGGUCCACUGACUCGCAUGCUCGAGUCUUCUCCAGCUUCAUCAAGGGUAUCGAUGAGCGCCCCGAGCCCAGCGCCUGGGGUGAGCGUCUGCCUUUCAACACCAUCUGUGGUGAAUACCUGAACGACUCCGCUGGCUGGAUCCAGGGUGUCGCUUUUUCCCCGAGUGGAAACGCUCUUGCUUUCACUGGACAUGACAGCAGUGUCACGGUCGUGUACCCCAGCGCACCGGAACAGCCACCUCGAGCUAUGCUGAACAUCUCUACCCGCCUUUUGCCAUUGAACAGUCUCAUUUGGAAUGGCGAGAAUGAAAUCCUUGCUGCUGGUCACGAUUGUGAACCAUUCCGCUUCCAAGGCGAUGAGAAUGGAUGGCAGCUUGCUGGUUCUCUAGAGAAGUCGACUGGGGCUGGGGCGGGUCCUCGUGAGGAGUCUGCGCUGAACAUGUUCCGCCAAAUGGAUCUCAAAGGCCAGUCUCAGGUGGACACCAAGCUGAAAUCGACCCACCAAAACACUGUGAACACCCUCCGUGCCUAUGAUGAGGCUAACGGACAGCUCCCCGGAUUCUCCAACCCGAACCUUGAUUUGUUCACAAGACCUGAGUUCUUCAACUCAAAGAACAUGCUCUACCAUAGAGUUCUUGCGCUAAUACAUUGCCUAUGGGUGGUCGUUUGCAUUGCAUCGUCCCCAGAUGAACCACAACCUGCCCUAAAUGAGUUGUUCAACUCCCUCGAGGAGUCGUCGAGACUAGUAGACAUCGCAUACUGUGUGGGGACCACUGGCGUCCAAGAGCCAUUCCAGUGCCUCAGCCACUGUGCUGAAUUCCCAGACCUACAGCUACUUACUACUUGGAACACUGGCAUUCUCUUAUCCGACUCAUGUGGGUACAUGGCAGUCUCCCACACACCCGGUGCGAAACGCAUAAUCCUGGCCUUCCGGGGAACCUACUCGAUCACCAACACAAUCAUCGAUCUCUCGGUAUACCCUCAGGCCUAUGUACCUUAUACAGGUGGCGAUAUGGGCGACGAACCCGGAAAUGGAUCCGGUGCCGCGCUCCGGGGUCCGAAGUGCGAGAACUGCACUGUACAUGCCGGAUUCAUGACAUCGUGGUUGAACACCCGCUCUGCAGUGUUUCCACAGCUACGAGCUGCUCGUGAGCAGUAUCCGGACUACGAGAUAACCCUAGUCGGGCAUUCCCUUGGAGGAGCUGUGGCCGCUUUGGCAGGGUUGGAGAUGAACCUGAUUGGGUGGAGCCCAUCUGUUACGACAUUUGGGGAGCCGAUGGUUGGUAACCAAGAGUUUGUGGAUUUCCUUGACAAGCAGUUCCAAAUAGGAAGUCAUCACGUUCCGGGUAGUGACCGGGUGACCCGACCAUUCCGUCGAGUGACACACGUCAAUGACCCCGUUCCCCUUCUCCCGCUCCAAGAAUGGGGCUAUGCUGCUCAUGCCGGUGAAAUCUUCAUUUCAAAACCAGAUCUGCCACCUUUCAUUGAGGAUCUUCAAAUAUGCGAAGGGAACCAAGAUCCCAGAUGUAUUGCUGGCUCAGGCACCUCUGCCCUUCUAUCGGAUAUGUACCAGGAUGUCAACAUCCCUCUCGAUGUUCUUAGUACCCGCUUGGAUCCGUGUCCUUUACAUAUGGGACCGUCAGGCACAGAUCCAGGGCACCAAGUUCUCCUAGGAACGCAGGAAGAUCGAGUCGGAACAGCAGACUGUGCCUCCCAUGAUGCGACAGCUCCACUCUAUCCUCUUCGUUGGGACUGGUCUCUUAUACCAGCCCGAUAUCGUCUCUGGGAGCUCUUCUACGCACAUCGGGACUACUUCUGGCGCAUUGGUUUAUGUGUCCCUGGGGGAGACCCGACCGGGUAG